AUGUCCAAAGAACCCCCCCAGGCUACCACUGACGUGGCACCUGCGGCGCCCGAGGAUCAUGCAGCAUUCCUGUCCGGGCCAACCACAGGCCCUGAACCAAGUGGUGACAAAAUCGGUGGCUUUGGCUGCGAAGCCUGUGAGUUUUUCAUGUGCGACAUGUGCUGCCAGCUUGGGACCAAGACCUGCAACAGGAUGUGCUGCUAUGUCACGCCUUCAGGCCAAGCUGCGGCAGUGGCCGAGGCCUCUUUGCGCCUUGGGGCCCAGUGCAAAUUGCAGCACGGGCCUGGCAGCAAGUGGCUGAACGCGGUGGUUGUGGAGACUCUGCCAAACUCAAAAGUUCGUGUGCACGUUCCUAUGGAAGAGGUUCCGGACCAAGAGCUGGAAGUGACCUCUCCAAAGCUAAAGCCGACCAGAAUGGAGGAAUCACAGCGUGUCGUGGCAUACUUCUGCCCGCGCACAGCAUUUCUCCUUUGUGAGAAGUGCAUCCAGGCUCCAGACCUUGGACAAGCCACAGCCGAAACGUGCCAGCAGGAUAUCGAGAUGCUGAAGGAUCCUGAAGCCUGCGAGGUCGCCGCUAAGCGAAUACUUGGACUCUGCAGCCGGUCACAGCAGGCCAGGAUACUCUUCUUGGAUGCAGGGCUGUGCAGUGCGGUCGCUUUGGCAGUUGACGCCGCUCGUGCCAGCUUCGACAUGUCGAACCUGUCGCAUCUCUCCAACCACGGGCAGGGAGCUCCUGCCCUUCAGGAGUUAUCGCCUACCAGCCAAGCUUUGCUACGGCUCCUCACACGCUUGGCUGAGUGGCUCUACCUGGCAGCUCCCCUGAAAAGGGGCAAGCUGGGGCGCCUGCUUGUCAACGUGCCAGCGGAGUCGCGCAGCCAGCUGGAUGAGGCGGAGAGCUCCGACGCCUAUUCCAGCGCGGCGCACUUGUACGAGGCGUGCUUUGACGCAGAGCAAAGCAUCCAUAAGCGACGGAAUGUGAUGGUAAUCCCGUGCCAGCUCUUCACGGGGCGGAGCAGAAAGCCAGAGACAAGCGAAGAGGAAGAAGACGAUGAUGACUGGAGAGAAGCCGAAAUAGCGGAAGACGAGCCAGACGCACCUGCGCAAGCAGCAGAGACGGUUCAGGUCAAGAUGCUCCAGGGUGGCAUCCGUCUUUCGGUGGCAAAGUUCGAUCCGGGCUCCAUGGGCCUACCGCCGGCGGCGCCUCGCGGACCAGCACCGGCUGGAGUGCGCUUGGAGAUCACGCCGCCACCAGAGCAGGAGCGGCUGCUGGCAGAUGCAGACUUCGAGCCCGGCAGCCUGGUCCUCCGGGAGAACUUUUUGCUGCGGGGCCCAGCGGAGCUGCCACCGCUGGCGAUGUUCCGGCCGGUGCCUCCUGAAGUGGGAACAGUGGAGAUUCAAGGGGAGCCAGGCUUCCCACGUGCAGUGACCUUCGACAACGAGCACCUCAAGCUCCUCUUCGAGUUUCUGAACUCUGAGGUAGAGAUUCAGCAAGAAGUCCUGGCAAUGCAAGACUCCAUGCACCCAUCUUCCGAAACUCUGCAAUCAACGACAAGAGUUGCUGAAUGGCUCGUUAGCCAGGAGCUUCCUUGGCUGGAUGACUUGGACUUCGGGUCGCUGUCUCGGCUUCUGCGCCUUUUCUGCGUUAACAGCCAUCCGUGCAAGGCUGCUGGAAGUACCAGUGGACUGUUGAAAUGGGGGACUAUGAUCAACCAUUCCUGCACUCCGAAUGUGGUUUACUCAUCUGUGGAGACUGAUGGAAGCUUUGAGGGACACUUUCGUGCUUGUCGCUCCAUCAAAGCAGGAGAUGUUCUGGGAGUUUGCUACAUGAAGCUUCAGGCGGCGCUAGCACCCCUGACGCAGCGUCGGCGUAUGUUGUGGUAUCUCAAGGGAUUUGUUUGCCAGUGCGACCGUUGCCAGUACGAAGCUUCCAAUGGGGAUCCGAGUCGAAUGCUGCCGUGCAGAUCAUGCAGCAAGGGCAGCCAGUGGCAAUUCUUGCCCGGCCUGGCUUCAUAUGCCUUCUCGUGCACAAGCUGUGGGCAGAGGGCCACGCCCGAACAGGUGGAGCUGGAGAAGGAAUUGUCGCAUGCGGCACUCGGUGCUCUUUGUGCUCGCCGCCUUGCUGGCCAUGUUACCGCGUUGGCUCCUUUUGUUGAGUCUUCAGAUGUAGGCUGGUCCGGCCUGGAUUUGGCAAGAUCUGCUUUGAAAGACUUGCAGGAGCAGGUGGCGAGCAAUCUUGACCAUGCGCACUUUGCUGUGCAGGGGCUGCGUCUCCUCUUCUUGGCGCUUGAAGCAGAUGAUAUUCUGUCUGGUAAAGCCAAUGCCGAUGAAGGGAACUGGCUGCGUGAGCUGCAGUGCGUGCGCUCCUGGCAGGAGUCCAUUCGACCUGGGCAGUGUGGAGACCUGCUCCUCAUGCUGUCGUUCAAGAGCCUGGCUCCGGCCCUGCGGAAGUUACACGCGGCGCAAACGCUGCCCACGAACCUCGUGGAUGACCAGAACGAGCGCUCGGCCCUUCUGGACUGGGCGUCCGUUGUGCUCAGCAUGGACGAUGCCUGGGAUGAGGUGAGCUGA